CUUCAAUUUUUUUUCCCUUUCUUUUCUCACUUUUAUUCGUCGUCCAAACUAGGUUGUUACCGGCGACGAAAAAGGAUUGAGGCGUUAAGGCCAAAAGCACAAAGAAAUAAAAAACAAUCGAGAGAAAAUAAAGAAACAACGCGAGUACGAAAAAGAGAUAACUGUAUAUAUCUAUAGAAGCUGUUUUCGGAGUUGGAUCGCCAGAAGAAAUCAAGAAGGUAGCGUCUCGAUUCUCUCUCUCGUUCUCUCACCAGAUCUAGGGUUCGGAUUUGCUGGAUUCGCUGCUGAGGUUUGGUUUCAUUUCGCGUUCUGGAGCUCUUCUUGAUUCCUCUUCGCGGUCGAGCUGAUUCGAUAUCGAUAUCUCCUGGAAUGAGAUCGCGAGUGUGAGGGGAGUCUUGGAGUGGAGAUGGGGGAGAGCAGGCUGGGGACUGUCGGCGCGCUGAGCCUGUCGGUGGUGUCAUCGGUGUCGAUUGUGAUCUGCAACAAGGCGCUCAUCAGCACCCUCGGGUUCACAUUCGCUACUACUUUGACAAGCUGGCAUCUUUUGGUCACAUUUUGUUCCCUUCAUGUGGCACUGUGGAUGAAAUUAUUCGAACACAAACCUUUUGAUCCAAGGGCAGUAAUGGGCUUUGGAAUACUUAAUGGAAUCUCUAUUGGGUUAUUAAACUUAAGCCUUGGUUUCAACUCUGUCGGUUUCUAUCAGAUGACGAAGCUGGCAAUAAUUCCUUGCACUGUACUAUUGGAGACUCUUUUCUUCAGGAAGAGAUUCAGUCGGAGCAUCCAGCUUUCACUCCUUGUCCUUCUAUUUGGUGUUGGCAUUGCUACUGUGACAGACCUACAACUCAAUAUGCUGGGAUCUGUCUUAUCUCUACUUGCAAUUUUUACAACAUGCAUUGCACAAAUUAUGACAAACACUAUUCAGAAGAGAUUCAAGGUCUCUUCAACUCAACUCUUGUAUCAAUCCAGCCCCUACCAAGCAUUGACCCUAUUCAUAAUUGGUCCAUUUCUUGAUGGGCUCCUGACCAACCAGAAUGUUUUUGCUUUCAAUUACACACCUCAAGUUCUGGUUUUCAUUGUACUGUCAUGCCUGAUAUCUGUCUCUGUCAACUUCAGCACAUUUCUGGUUAUUGGAAAGACAUCUCCUGUGACGUAUCAAGUCUUGGGUCAUCUGAAAACUUGUCUGGUAUUGGCAUUUGGUUAUGUUUUACUUCAUGACCCAUUUAGCUGGAGAAAUAUACUUGGAAUUCUAAUCGCAGUAGUUGGAAUGAUCCUGUAUUCUUACUUCUGCUUGAUUGAGAACCAGCAAAAGGCUGCAGAAGCAUCUGCUCAGUUACCGCAGGUGAAGGAAACUGAGUCCGAUCCUCUACUCAACGUGGAAAAUGGAACCAGUAUUGCUGAUGGUGGAGUCGUCCUCAAAGCCCCAGUAUGGAGCUCAAACAAGGAUUUGGAAGCAUGAACUCUUUGAUCAUACCUGCAAGUUAAUUUUUUAUUGAAGGCCAGGAUGCUGAAGGUGGUUGGAGGAAGGACCUCUGUCUAUGAAUUACAAGUCUUGAGAACUUGGUAGAGCUGGAUGACAUAUCUUUGUUUCCCGUAGAAUUUUUUGUUAUUUUGUGAAUUAAUUGUGCGGAGUAUUGAUUCUUGUUAGAGGUAUAUGUUCUUGUGGUCUACUUAUAUCCAAAUUUGCUGUCGCACAGAUAUAGAGAGCCUCUUGAUGGAAGCCUCAUAUGUUCUUAUUUGAAAACUGAGUUUUUUAAUAUUUGAACAUUAAUCAAUUGUAAUGUACAGAAGGAAGCACGUCAUUCAAGCAUGCAUUAUAUUUCCAAAAA